UUUUUUAAAAAAAACAUGCGUUAAUUUGUAUGCGCAAUAACAUUUAUGUUUUCUUUUUUUGUUGCCUCAACAUGUCAUUAACAAGAAUAUUGUCUAAAUCACUUCGACUUAAUUUUCAGUUAUCUAAGUGUCUAGGUGUAAAUGAAGCAAAAUGUUUUUCAACAACAAUAUCAUCCAAAAAAAUUCAAUUAAAUACCGAAGAAAAGUCUGAAAAUGUUUUGAAAAUGGCAGAUUAUGAUUCUCGAGGACAACGACCAAUUGUACCAUCACAAUAUAGACAUAUUUAUCCAGAAUUUUUGCCUGAUCCAAAACAAGAAUUUCGUAAUAAAUUGAGAGAAAAAUUGGAACGUACAGACAUGAUGGCAAGAAGAUCAGUUAUUGAUAUACCAGAAUUUUAUGUUGGAUCAAUUGUUGCUGUAACAUAUUCAGAACCACAUGCACCAAAUAAAACAAAUAGAUUUUUAGGUAUUUGUAUUCAAAGAACUGGAUGUGGAUUAAGAGCUGCAUUUGUACUUCGAAAUGUUGUUGAUCAUAUGGGUAUUGAAAAAGAAUAUUAUUUAUAUGAUCCAACAAUUCAACAAAUUGAGUGUAAAAGACUUGAAAAGAGACUAGAUGAUGAAUUAUUAUAUCUUCGAGAUGCACCACCAGAAUACAGUACAUUUCCACUUGAUAUGGAAACUGAAUUUCUUCCUGAUGGUGCUGAAGUACCAGUUAAUAAAAUUGUGAUACCAUUAAAAGAACGUCCAUGGAGAACAAAAUGGGAAUUACAUGAUAUGAAAGGUCUUUUACCAGAGACAGUAAUUGCUGGUAAAAAUAGAAUGAAACGUGCUGCAGCAUUCAAAAAACCAUGGGAAAAAUAUGAUCUUAUGAAAAUAUAUAGAGAAACAAUUCCAGAUGAAGAACAACAGGCUAUCUACUCAGAAGUUCAUAGUAAAUUAAAUCAACUUGAAUUAUCUCGUAAAAAAAUGAAACGUAAGCGUGGCUUUGUUCGUCCAACAAAAGAACAUUAAACAUUUUCUUUUUGUAAUUAAUUAUAAAAAUAAAAAUAUGUAUGCAACAUU